AUGGCUCUCCCAAUGAAGUCUAGGUCCGCCAUGAAGUCGGUGAUGAAGUCGGCUAUGAAGUCCAUGAAGAAGGGCGCAACGCCGGCAAUGAAGGCAAAGGUCAUGAAGAAGAAGGCUGUGAGCAAGAUUGCAAAGGGCAGAAAUGCCAAGGCGGUGGUGUUCAAGGGCAGCAAAGAGAAGACAGCGACUCAGCUGACGAAGACCGAUUUGAUGAAGAAUAAGCGAGGCCGCGUAGUCACUAAAAAGCAGAACGCCGCGGGAAAGAAGGCCUUCAAGAACAUCUCGGCAUGGACUGAGGCUGUGACGAAGGCCAGAAAGGAGCUCGGCAUCAAGGGCUUCUGCGCAGUCAAUGGCAAGACAUCUCAGGGCAAGGCUCUGUACGCCAAAGCCAAGGCUAUCUUUGCUGCAUGA